UAAUAGCGCACAUUCGGCCUGCCUUUUUCAUUUGCCUCUCUCUGUUUCUCCGAGGCACUGCUUGGAAAUUUCCACCUCCGCCAUACGGAGGGCUCUCUCUCUCUUUCGAUAUUCAGUUGGAGAAAAACAAGAAAAUCAAGAAACAGGACUCCGAGAUUCCCCACAAAAUUCAACGAAGAACUGAAUCACAGCCUCUCCAGUCACCACUUAAACCGAUCCAGUUCUCGUCAAUGAAGGCCACCAAAGCCCUCAACCCCUCUGUCAUCACCUUCGACCACAAAAGGGACGCCUAUGGGUUUGCUGUGAGACCUCAACAUGUACAAAGAUACCGUGAAUAUGCUAGUAUCUACAAGGAGGAAGAGGAAGAAAGAUCAGAUAGGUGGAGGUCUUUCCUGGAAAGGCAAGCAGAGGCAGCUCAACUACCUGAAAAUGGAUUAUUAACCGAAGAAGAUAAAAAAACCAAAGAUGCUGGAGCUUCAGAACAAGAAGCAGACACCAGUUCAGAGAAGGUAGUUGAAGGAGACGACUUAAGUGGCCAGAAGCUUGGUUCAGAUGAUUUGGCUGAAAAUGGUGCCAGAAAGGAGGAGUUGUCUUCAGCUAAGGGGACAAAAACUCACAAGGCCCAUAUUUGGACUGAGAUUAGACCAUCUCUUUGUGCCAUUGAAGACAUGAUGAGCAUUCGUGUAAAGAAGAAAACCAAUUUAUUAAAAUAUGAGCAAUGCACUGGAAGUGGAAAGCCACUUGCUUCUCCCAUUGAGGAGUCUAGAUCCUCUAAAGGAGCAUCUGAGGAGGAUUCUGAGGAUGAGUUUUAUGAUGCGGAGAGGUCUGAUCCUAUUCAAGAUGUUCCUCAUAGUGAUACUGUCAGUGCUCCUGCUACUGUUGCUGCUACUGAUGUGGUCCCUCUAGAAUUAUUGUUUCCUUGGAAAGAAGAGUUAGAAGUUCUUGUUCGUGGUGGAGUGCCUAUGGCUCUCAGAGGGGAGCUUUGGCAAGCUUUUGUGGGUGUGAAAUCACGUCAUGUCGAGAAGUAUUACCAGGAUCUUCUAGCUCCAGAAAGUUAUUCUGGCAAUAGCACAGAACACAAUGGCAAGCAGUUAGACAAUAACAGUGAAGGAUUAACUACAGAUACUGUGUGCAUUCCAGAGAAAUGGAAAGGGCAAAUUGAGAAGGAUUUGCCUCGAACAUUCCCGGGCCAUCCUGCUCUUGAUGUGAAUGGUAGAAAUGCUUUGAGGCGCUUACUUACAGCAUAUGCUAGACAUAAUCCCUCUGUUGGGUACUGCCAGGCCAUGAAUUUCUUUGCUGGCUUAUUACUUCUUUUGAUGCCUGAAGAAAAUGCUUUUUGGACCUUGCUGGCAUUAAUUGAUGACUAUUUUGAUGGCUAUUACUCAGAGGAAAUGAUAGAGUCUCAGGUCGACCAACUUGUUUUUGAGGAGUUGGUGCGAGAGAGAUUUCCAAAAUUGGUCAAUCAUCUAGAUUACCAGGGAGUGCAGGUGGCUUGGGUUACUGGACCUUGGUUCCUUUCCAUUUUUAUGAACAUGCUUCCAUGGGAAAGUGUUCUUCGAAUCUGGGAUGUGCUUCUUUUUGAAGGAAACCGGGUCAUGCUAUUUAGGACGGCACUUGCUUUGAUGGAGUUAUAUGGUCCUUCUUUAGUUACAACUAAGGAUGCUGGAGAUGCAGUUACUUUGCUGCAAUCACUGGCUGGCUCAACAUUUGAUAGCAGUCAACUUGUGCUGACUGCUUGCAUGGGUUACCAAAAUGUAAAUGAAACUCGAUUGCAAGUCUUGAGAAAUAAACAUCGACCAGCAGUAAUAACUGCACUUGCAGAAAGAUCAAAGGGGCUUCAAGUUUGGAGGAAUUCUCAGGGUUUGGCAUCUAAGUUGUAUGGGUUUAAGCAUGAUCCUAAAUCAAUGAUAAUAGAAGCCAAUAAAACAGAAAAAUCGGUUGAUACACAAACAAAUGGUAGUUUGUCUCGUUCGGAGUCUGGGUCCACUAAUGCAGAUGAAAUCAUUAUUAGCCUUACUGGGGGUGAAGAGAUCGAUUCUGCCAAAGAACUUCAAGAGCAGGUGUGGUUGAAGGUUGAAAUGUGUAAGUUGCUGGAGGAGAAAAGAUCAGCUGUACUCAGAGCUGAGGAAUUGGAGACGGCUUUGAUGGAAAUGGUCAAGCAGGACAAUCGGCGGCAAUUGAGCGCCAGGGUUGAGCAGUUAGAGCAUGAGGUUUCUGAACUUCGCAGUGCCCUUUCAGAUAAGCAGGAACAAGAAAAUGCUAUGCUUCAGGUCUUAAUGCGGGUAGAGCAAGAGCAAAGGGUAACAGAAGAUGCCCGCAGGUUUGCUGAGCAAGAUUCAGCAGCACAAAGAUUUGCUGCUCAAGUGCUUCAGGAAAAAUAUGAAGAGGCCACUGUUUCACUUUCUGAAAUGGAGAAGAGAGUGGUUAUGGCAGAAUCAAUGCUGGAGGCUACCUUGCAGUACCAAAGCGGUCAAGUUAAAGCACAACCCUCUCCACGAUCUUCACACCCAGAUUCUUUAACAGUACGAAGCAAUCAAGAGUCUGCACAAGAUCUGCCUGUGAGAAAAACUGGCUUGCUAGCUCACCCUUUUGGACUUGGCUGGCGAGAUCGGAACAAGGGGAAACAAACUAACAUUGAGGAGCCAAUUGAUGGUGGAAAAUCUACCAGUGAGGGACAGAGUCCCAGCCCACAACGAAACGAUGCUAAUGGUGUGGAAGACAGAGUAGAGAAUAACAGGUUUAUUAGAAUGAUACUCAAAUAGGUAUACUCAUUUCAAUGCCCCAGUUCCAAUAUGCUUUUGGCUUGGUGGAUAUCUCAUGCAUCAAUGUCAGUUCAGGUAGCAGAUAGAUUUUAGUUUUCUUAUCUUUAAAUUUGAUUAGACAACCUUCAUAGAGCACAUAGCCAUUCAUUAUUUGUUUGUCCAUUAAAUAGUUGUAAUAAUAGGACAGUGAAGAAUAGAAUGUAAGAAAAAACACGAAAUCGGUGGUUACGUAAUUGUAUAGUCUUUGCAGUAGUAUCUUGUAUUGCUUCGA